AUGUAAUUUAAUUGACUGGUAGGUAGUCACUAACUAUUUGUAGCAUGUGUUCCUCUGUUUAUUGAUAUUUGCAUGGUGUGUAUGUGUUAAGCUGUUAAGUAAUUAAUGUUGAUAUUAUCCAAAGGGUUUUUAACUGAAAUGUUAAAUGUUGGUGUCUCGAUCUCAGACAUUUGCGCUCAUAUUUGUAAAUAGUAUUUCAAAAAUGGCAGAAUCAAACAGUAUUGGAAUAGUGACUUGUAUUUUGCAUCUAGAAGUGUAAGAAUUUUAGAAGAAUGCUAUUUCAUCAGUCAAAUGUUGCACUGUUUGAUAAGACAGGGUAAAGAAAACCACCAUUUUAAUGAGUUUAGUUGUGAGUUUGACAUUUUACCACAAGAAGUCACUAUAAUACUAUACGUUAUCAAACAGGGUUGUGCUGAAAAUCAAAUGAACCACAGCCAAAUUAAUUAUUUGCAACUAAGAGUAAGAUUAAAAAAUACAUGUAUAACUUAUUUCUUGAUAAAAUACAUUCUAAAAUGUAAAUAUAUGUGAUUUCUGAGUAUGUAGUGCAUGUAUCUUUUUAAGGCCCAAAGCAGACGUUUUUAUAUCAAUAUCAAAUCAUUUCUGGGUAACAAUUAAGUACCUUACUGUAAUAGAUUAUGAUGAAAAUGGUCAAAAAUGUAUUUUUUGCAAAAAAAACUUUCUCAAGCAAUAAUUUUGCUAGGACUGUCUGGGAGUGGUCAGUGUGGAGGGGAAAUUAAAACUAGCUGGUAUUGGCACUCUCUUUGUCGUUGGUCUAUAAACCAAUUUACACAUGGUGAUGUCGCCAUGGAUAGCCAAAACUCUCUCCCAUGCAAACCUGCUGAUUAGAAGGUGCUGUAUAGAUGUGAGAAACUCUCUUUUCAUGGCACUUCAAUAUCGAAGUGAAUUUUUCGUAGCAGGUUAGGAAACUGAGGUUAAGGUUAGGAAAAGGGUUAGGGUUAGUGAAAAUGCUCUCCAAAUCUACGAAAAUUACUUUGCAUUGAAGUGCUGUGAAAAGAAUGUGUCCCUGCUCAGGUGUUGCAUGCAUCAACCAAUGGUUGUGUGCCAAGUCAUCCAUUGUGUCAUCGACUGACAGAUUGCUAUAACAUAUGAUGUGGUUAGCUGACACACAAAAUACCUAUCCAGGCAGUAUAAGAUCUGGCAAGUGUCAGCAAGGCCUGGGCAGAGGAACAUGCUCCGUAUUUUCAACCAGAACUAUCAGGAAGCAACCCCGAUCACAUUUUUGUAAAACACAUUUACAGUGUUAGUUUCAUAAGCUGUUGUACAAUAUGAAAUACAAUUAUUUUGACUUCACAAGGCUUUUAAAUGUAGGCAAACAAGUUUUCAGCAUUCAAACUCAUCUACCCAGCCAGAUUCAGCACCAUGGACAGUGAAGAUCAGAAUACCUGCGAUCUGACGAUUAGAACAACAGUGCUAUUUUAAGUGAUUUUCAAGACACCCAAAGUCAAUUUAAAUCCACAACAAAAUCUGCAGGAUAAAAAGCAAUAUAAUCAAACAUUCAAAUAAGUAAACAGGCUAUAUUAAAGUGCACUAAACAUAGAGACAGACUAACCAUGGAGAACACUAAACAUGAUGACAGAUUAACCAGGGAAGUGAAUUUAACAGAGGUUUAAGCUAAAACAACAGAAUCUGGGUAAAUCUGUGUGAAGAGGUGUGGCUUUAGUGUGGAUUUGAAUAGUACACAAGUAGGCCAACGCUAUUUUUGCACUGUAAAACUUUUUUUAAGUGUUAUGUUUUCCCAGAUUCAUAGUGUUAUGCUCACAGCUUGCUCACAGUUUGCUCACAGCAUCACAUGAUGACGUGGGCAACAUAAACACUUAAACUCUGUGGAUUAAAGUUAAUAGUAAUCAAAACUAAUUUCACCACGAAAGGAAGUGCAAUCGAAAUGAAUGAAGAAGACAAGGUCAUUCCAGUGAGUUAAUAAAAUGACAAGGUGUUGCCUGUCAGCGUUGUAGACUACUGCCUCACAAGCCCGGGCUUUAGUGGCACUGGCAUACGCGCUUGCCUCUGCACUGAAGGAGCCACCGAACGCGUCCGCGUUGCAGCUCUCACUUUCUCCCGCUACAGUAUGUCCUACAAUGACAUAUUUGGUGGGGAUUUGCAGCCAACAAUAGGAUUGGAUUGGGACUAAAUCAAUGAAUAAAACGAUAUUGAAAUGAAUAUUAUUAACAAAUAUUUCCCAGAAGAUUUUGGGUUCAACCUAAGGCUGACUAGGACAGAUCAAUCAACUUGAUCCGACACAGUCAGCCUACAUGUCAUACGUAGCACAGAGGGAGGAUGGUGAUCCUCAGAGGGAAGGAAAGGAAGUUGUUGAGGAAGAACCGGUGGCCACGCCCAAAGAGGAGGCCAAGAAGGGAAGGAAGGCAAAAAGUAAGAGGAGUGGCAAGAAGUCAAGGAAGCUGGGCACUGACAACGAUGCAGUCUCCAGGAAUAAACACCUGGAUAGAGGAUCUGUAAUUGAGCUCCUGGAGAAGAAAGCUGUUAAGGCUGCAUUCGGCCCAGGCAACAAGGAUGAAAUGGAAUACUCCUACCCAAUCCUCAUCUCAUUCCUGCGCAAUCUUACUGAUGAGCAGUGGCAAGUGAUCUACAAAGGACUAAAAAACCCUAUGACGAAGGAACAGCUUGCCAAAUUGUGCAAGACAAUUGUAACCUUCAUCGCACAGACCACCCUGCAGAUCCUGCUGCCAGCCCUGGCCCGCGUACUUGGGGUAAAGGACUUUGCUGACGACGACACUGACUCACCCAAGAGGGGUGGCAGUGCAAGAUCAUUUGCUGCCUUUGAUCAGGAAAGACUGGAGCUCAUCCAGGAAGUUAGAUAUCUGGCGAAGAAAAUGUAUAAGGGCGGCACAGGGGCUCAACAUCUCAGGUCCCUAACACCCUCUUCUAAGAGUUCCCAGACCUCAGUGAAAGUCCACCUGGGAAUGACAGAGGACAGAAUCAUCAAAAGUGUCCAGGAGCAACUGUCUGAUCAUAAUAUCCUGUCCUCUUGCCCACCUGAGCUGACUGUUGGUCUUAUCAAGGUGGUGGUCGAACAGCUUAACUCUGCCCUCUCUGCGACCUUCAGCAGAGCCAUUUCAGGGCAGUCCUCCCCUAUUUCUUCUGGUAACCAGGCCGCUGAACAAAUGGUCAACAUGGUCCAGAAAUGUUUUGAUGAUCACGCCACUCCAGAGGACCAGAGCUCCACCUCUGUAUUAGAGUCAUGCAUUCCACCUGCAACAGAAGAGGUGAUGACUGUUAUUGCAGAGAUGGUGGGUGAAUUGGAAAAAAGAUCCGGAAUUGGUUAACGUUUUUCGAGAAGUGGCUGUGAAAGUUAAAAUGUUGGCAUCUGGCAGUGACCUUGUAGUGGAGCACCUGGAUGUUGAAGACGACUCUCCUGUUCCAGAGGAGCUGAACAUAAUGUGUACAUCUUGCAAAGCAAUGAUGCAAAAUCUUGGCACUCUGUUUAGUGUGAAGUUCAAGACCAAAGCUUCAAAGGCUAUGAGUGAAAUUCUUGUGAGAAGGUUAAUGAGCGAUAUCUCUGGUAUGGUUCAACCUUCUCAUUCGUUUAGUACCACUUCAAGCUUGAUGAAUGCAUCUCGCCCAUCUGACAGGAUCCUUGAUUCUGCGGCCACUGAGCUCAUACAGACCAAAGUAGAAUCUGAGGCAUCAAAAAUAAUUGAUAACUUUGUUGAAGAUGUCAAGGACAUUGUGCAGUAUGCUGAAUUAGAUCAGCCAACAAGCACCCAGAGAGAUACCCAAGUGGGACACUGUACGACAAAGCGGAAACCCUUCCAUGCAGCUCGUAGACUCUGCGAGAGACUUCAGGCAAAGCUGGAGACAUUGUUCCUCAGAAUGGGUGGAGCUCCAGUCCAAGGGGAAGAACUUAUGGAAAAAGCUGACUCCAGUGCUGUGCUUCUGGAACAUAAUGACUCCAGUGAUCUGCCUGUUUCAAUCCUGAGCUUGCCUUCCCCAUGUAGGAGUGAAUCCCCUAUAUCAGAACGUAGUUCAUCUUCUUUAUCUGAUGGAUGUGAUUCAACUGACUCUGUAGGAGAAAAACACCAGAGCAACCUGAAACCAGUAAGAGUGAGGCAAUACUGCAAGUGGUCAACUCAACAGGACUUGGUUCUCUCCGUAAAUGCCAAAGUGAGAACUCUCAACCAUUACUGUCUCUCUGUGAUUCCAACAUGGUGCCCUGCACCAAAGAGGUCUUGUCCCAGAUUGUGACCAUGUAUAGGUCAGAGGUGGCAGAUUUGGAAUGCACAUCAUCUGUUGCAGAGGGUUCCUCUUACAACUCCCUUGAAGUCUGUGGCUUUUUGGACAGUGUUAUGUCUUAUCUAGAAGACAUGCCUGUGUCUGGUUCUUCAUGGUUGGAAGGAUUAAGAGAUACUCCAGCCUCAGUCAUUGAGAAACUCUCCAGUGAGGAGUUCCAGAUGAACGCUACCAACGAAGUGCGAAAAAUACUGCUCAAAUCAGUCAGUAGCUUUCCCAACAAAGUCAGUUCCAGCCAGACAGAUUCUCAGAUGUUGCCAGCAAAAUCAACAAUUUCCUUAAGGCAUACAGAUAUAACUGCUUUUGAAAUCGUUGGAUCAAUUAGAAAUGACAUAAAGAGCCUUUUCCCACCCACAGAGUAUUCUACUACUCUAUGGCAGGCAGACUCUAUGCUUCAACAGAGUGAUGAGAAAACCUCAGAGUACACUGAGGCCACACCCAAAGGCUCACAGUCUGGUUUGGAAGUAUCUGAGAAGAAGAUCUGGACAACUGCAAAGACUAUUUACCACAAUGUGAAGACAAAGAUGAGGAAUUAUUUUACAUGGCAAAAUCAAGUCAAAGCAACAACGGCUCAAGCCAAAAAGAGCCUCAGCCAUAUUCUGGUUUCAAUUCAGAAAGAGCUGUCAAAAUCUGACCAAACGGUGACUGCGCUUUCACAAAUAGAGAAUGUGGUUGGAAUGAUGCUGAAGGAUGUUGAAAGGGUAAGCAGUGAAUGUGGUGAGGAACAGAUCUAUCAAGCGCCACAGCGUUCUUCCUCCUCGUUGUCAUCCUCAUCUGCCAGAUCAAAGAAGUCAGAGUGGGAAUUUUCACUCCCUGGCACUCCCAUCUCUUCUGAUUUACCAGAGAGUAUUACUCAGCCCAUUGUGAGAUGCUCAGUCAUCGACAUGGGCAAAUCUACUAAGCCAAAAACAUUGGUGUGUGAUGCCAGGGAAAGCAUGUCUGCAAUAGUGGAUACCAUCAUAAAGGAGGUACAUCCAGAGGAAGAAGGGGAGGUUGCAUUCCACCCUGAUCUAACAGCUGUAAUAGCAAGACUGGAGGAGCUCAUAUCUCAGGGUAGGAUUGGUGCUCUCUCACGUGAUCUUACUCACCAAGUCAACCGCAUCAUUUCUGAGAGCAACUUGACCCCUCUGGUUCUGACAGUGGCGGCUGGAAAGAGUGCAUCCGAUACAGUCCUUACUGAGCUGAAGAGGAAUGACAAGACGGUGGGGAAGCCCACAGCU